AAACAGGCACACGAAAAGGAGCAAGCAGUGUCUGAAACCAAAGCAGUUAAAAGUUACCCGGAAAAGCAUUCAGUACUUUUGUCUCUCUCUAUUCUACCUAGCAACUGAUGACACUGCAUACGUCCCUGUUUUUAUUGGGAGAAGGCCCUGAGCGUCACGCGGUGCUAAAUCUCCAAGAGCGAAGAGCGGGUGAAGUACAGGUUCUUGAAAGAUCAGCUGAGACCUGUCCGUGUUUUGGUUAAAAGAAUCUGAAGGAAAAGACCUUAGAGGAGCCAAUGAUGCUCCUGUUUCCUCUCCUUGUUGUAUUAACGGCGAAGCACUGCGUUGCCCGGACUCACUCUCUGAGGUAUUUUCGCCUGGGCGUUUCAGAGCCUGGCCAUGGGAUCCCUGAAUUUAUUUCAGUGGGGUAUGUGGACUCUUAUCCCAUCACCACAUAUGACAGCAUCUCCCGGGUGAAGAAGCCGCAGGCCCCAUGGGUGGCAGAGAACCUGGCCCCCGAUCACUGGGAGAGGUACACACAGCUGCUGAGGAGCUGGCAGCGGACGUUCAAGAUGGAACUGAAGCACCUGCAGAGUCACUACAAUCACUCAGGGCUUCACACUUACCAGAGGAUGAUUGGCUGUGAGUUGCGGGAGGAUGGAAACACCACGGGAUUUCUGCAAUAUGCAUAUGACGGACAGGAUUUCAUUAUCUUCAACAAAGACACACUCUCCUGGAUAGCUGUAGAUAAUGCGGCUCACAUCACCAAGAGGGCAUGGGAGGCCAAUCGGCAUGAGUUACAAUAUCAGAAGAAUUGGCUGGAAGAAGAAUGUAUCGCCUGGUUAAAGAGACUCCUGGAGUAUGGGAAAGAUACCCUACAAAGGACAGAAGCUCCACUGGUCAGAAUAAAUCGCAAAGAAACCUUUCCAGGGAUUACAACUCUUUUCUGCAGAGCUCAUGGCUUUUAUCCGCCAGAAAUUUCCAUGAUCUGGAUGAAAAACGGGAAAGAAAUGCUCCAAGAAAUGGAUUAUGGAGACAUUCUUCCUAGUGGGGAUGGGACCUAUCAGACGUGGGUAUCACUUGACCUGGAUCCUCAGAGCAGUGACUCUUACUCCUGUCACGUGGAGCACUGUGACGUCCACAUGGUUCUUCAGGUCCCCCAGGAAUCGGAAACUAUCCUUCUGGUGAUGAAAGCUGUCACUGGGUCCGUUGUCCUUGCCAUUGGCCUGGCUGGAGUCGGCGUCCUGGCCUGGAGGAGAAGGCUUCGAGAGCAAAAUGGAAUCACCUACCUUCCUACAUCAGAUCAAUGAUUGGAGAUAGCUCUUGUCCAGUUGUUUUUCCUCUGGGAACCAUGGUCUCUGUACCCCAUGGACCCAAAUUCAGGUGCCUGAAGCUCUUGACCACACCCACAACAGAUACGAUUGUUAUGUGGUUGAACAUUUACAGCAGAAGGAUAGAGCCACAAAGUUUUCUUUGUUCUUUGGCUCCAAAAAGACUGUCAGCCUUCAAGCUCUUUUGAUGGACUCCUUUAUCACAUUUGGCUCUAACUAUAGCUCAUGACACAACUACCCUAUUCCAUCUGUCAAUGAUGAUUUACAAGUAAACCAGAGAAUCUCAGAGCUGAAAGGAACCUUCUAAUUGAAGGCAGGAAACGGUCUUCGCCAGUACCUUCGACUUGAGCAUCUAGCCGCCACUUGAAUACCACCAGUGAAGGGCACCUCACUACGUCAUAAAAUGGUCUUUCUCUUCUUUCAUGAGAGUGUUUUUCUUUGCAAGAGCUUCAAGUGUCAUGAGUGCCAUGACUGUGACCCUACAGACAGGGUCAGACCACCUCAUGAGAGCAGCCAUCGAGUUUCUACAAUGGCCUAUGGGUGGCUGGGUCAUUUUAUAUGUUUCUUGGCUUGAGAGAAAGCGAAGUGCGCAGUUCUUAUGGCAUCUCUGCUUGGUAGUUUGGAAUCUUGAAAAUAUGCCUAGUCAGAUCCAUGGAAGUGAUUUCAUUUUUUCUGUUUUCUUUUUGAGGGAAAGAAAGAACAAUAAUUACCAGAUAUAUUAUCAUCUUCAGUGGAACUACAGAGACCUAGACUCAAGUGCAGUCUUUUAAGAUAAAAAUGAUACUAUGUUUAUAUCUCAGAAGAAGAUUCAAUUAUCAUUUCUGUCCUUCCUCUCUGGCUUAUUGUAGAUGGGCCAGACUCACCCGAUUCUCCAUAUGAAGAGAAGCCCUACUGUGAGAAAUAACACUCCCUUGAUCCUCCUGACUCUCCUCCCCCUAAAAUCUUCACCAUCAUUUUCCUCUUGUUUGCUUGGCAUUUUCGAUUCUCAGUAAGAAGAUCACAUUCUAUCAGAGGGGGAUGCCGAUGUCUUCUCUAAGUUAAAUAUGAGCUUGGACCCCAGGGCCCUGGACUCUCUUGGACAUAGUUUUCUGGAAACACUCAGACCCUGGGGACCCCAUAUUGUGGCUCCGGGGGAAUGCAUCAAGGCUUCCACAGUUGUUUCCUUCCCCAACAAAUUUCCUUCUUGCUUCCCCACAGUUGGCUUGGCCGAGUAAAAAGAACACCAAAUAUAGCCACGUACGGGAGUGGCUUACCACACAGUAAGAUAAACACCAUUUAUAACAUUAAAUGUGUCUUUGUUAUAAAUCUUGACUGAUUAUAACAAUAAAUGCUGCUUAUUUAUUCUGUUUCUGGCUUGUGAACCAACUGAGGACAUGAGCAGGGCCACUGCUCACCCAUAUGGGAUGUUUGUGCAAACAGAAAAUUGUUUCCUUCUUCUAGGUGAACUCUGACCCAGGCCAGGUCACACGGCUUAACCAGCAGAACAUAGAGUGGAUUUCUACUCUGUUUGUUCCCUUGGUGUUCAGGGCACAACAUUACAUGGCAGCUCUGGUCAUAUUGUUAGAAAAUAGAUGGAAAUUGGCUGUAGACUAAGAUGAAAGAAUUAACUUGGAAGGGAGAAAUGACAGUGGGGGUGGGGGGGGGAAAGAUUGAUUCAUUCAAAAUGGUGGAACUAGAAGCCCUGUUUGUAUAUCUAAACAGCUGAAAUUAUCUAAAGGGUUUUACAUAAUCUUAUCAUGGAGUUUAUUUAUGGAGAUCUAUUUUUAAAUUUUUAUGUCAUAUCACACAGUCUGCACGAUACCUUGUAUGUAGUAGGAACCCAGUAAAUACUUCUUGAAUGAACCAGUACAGUAUUUUAAUUAGUUAGUCCUCAUGUACUGGUGCAAAAGAACAGUGUCAUCUUACAACUGAAAUCAUAGAGAGGAAAUAUCCUACUCAGGAUCAUAUGACAUUGCUGGGGCCCAGGAUGAACGCCCCAAGGACUUGUCUGAAUUCUUCAAACAUUUCUGCAACAUUAACAUUCUUUAUUUAAUACUUUAUCUUGUCAUUGCCUUGCCUGUGAGAUUAAGGAUCCCAAACAUUUGAACCAUGCUCCUCUCCCUCACUCCCCCUCCCCCAUAUUAGGGACAGGGACAGGGACAGAAUUCAGACGUUCUUACACAAGGCACUAUUUUUUCUGGAAGGCUAUGAAAAGAGGUGUUGAGAAAUGAGUUCUCUGUCAGCUUGGGGGCCCAGCUAUCUGUUACCUAAUAUAUAUCUUUCUAUUCUUAAGUCCUGUAGAGCUGUUAUAUAAUCUGAAUUUUCCUUUCUAUUGUCACUUGGAUAUUUAGUUCAUGAAAUACAAAUUUCAUCAGUUCUUAUCCAUGACCUAGGAAUUACGCGAAACCUCUCUUUCUAAAGAGAACGGGUGUCAUGCAUACUUCUUCCUUUCCCCCUUCUUCCUUGAAUUCAGUGUUAGAUGAACCCAUCAGGCAGGAGUUUCUGCAUUUGUCCCUUGGCGGGGGGUUGGGUGUGAGAGAAUAUUUGGGACCAGAAAGUUCUGAGCCUGUUGGAGCUGGACAGUUGGAACUGAGGGGCUGAGCAGCAGCUGGAAGGCUGGGCUGGCCCGGAGCCCUGGCAAGUGGCGACUGGGUCUGCGGCAAGUGCUGUGGCUGUGGCCAGACCUCUGAAGACGCCAAACAGGGCCAGAGAGUGGGAACAACCAAGGAGAAAAAAACAGCUUCUGAGAAAAAAGCUUCUCAAAGGGAAAAUAAAUUCAGGGAACAGGAGGCUACAGACCAAAAACGGGAAGCCACCAGAAUGGAAAAGGAAGUGAAACCAAGACAAAAAUGAGACAUUCAACCUCAAGCUGAAGCAGUCUUUGCUCUUUUUUCUUUUCAUGAUAUCAAUGUGGAUCUAAGGUGAAUCUGUUACCUGAACUGAGUAGAAGCUCUGGGUUUUUUUGUUUGUUUGUUUUUUCUGAGCAACAUGACAGUAGCAUAAAUAAAGAAUUCUGGGAAUACAUUGAGAAGACAGACUAAAAGGUGACAAAUUCUGGGAGAAUUUGGAGAGCUGGAAUAAUAAAAAGUAAAACAUUUGGAGUCUCAUCAGCUGCUGAAUACAACCCUUUGAGGUAAUUUAAAAGCUCUUAAAGCCUUUAUUACUCACAAAACUGCUACAAAUACAUGAUCUGUGCAUUACACACAACAGGAAGUUGCCAAACCAGAUGUAACCUCCUGAGGCUGCAGUAUUUGGGCUGCCCUCCACCUUACUUUUAAAAGAAUGAAUUAGUCAUUGAUCUCUGAGGAUCAGGAGGGUUGAAGACAAAAGGCAAGUUGCUCUAACACAGUUCAGGCCUUUGCAAUGGAAAUUAAGAUCAAAUUUCAAAGAUUUGUAAAUUUGUCCACCUUCAUAGACUUGAAGUCUCUACAAUGAUGACAUUUCCAAGGAUUUUCCUCUGCCACAAGCAAUUAGUAGUUUCUCUGUGUGUCACUGUAUCCACUAUAUUGUCAUUAAAGCCACAGAGUUUAUUUACUAAUAAUUUGCCAUGGAUAUUGAUAUUCAAAUUAAAUUCUUAUGGCCUUCA